AUGUGGUGGCUUUUAGCAACCUUGAGUGUGCUGUAUUUGCUUGGAACAACAAAUAACUCCUUUGGGGAAGAAAAACCUGAUAACCCAGAGGCCCAUAUGAAUAUUAGUCAAAUCAUUGCUUACUGGGGCUACCCAGGUGAAGAGCAUGAAGUUGUGACUGAAGAUGGCCAUGUCCUGUUACUCAAUAGAAUUCCUUAUGGGAAAAACAGUUCAGGGAAAGGUCCACUGCCUGUCGUGUAUCUUCAGCACGGUCUGCUCACUGCUGCCAGUGACUGGGUUUUAAACCUGCCCAAUAACAGCUUGGCCUUCAUGCUGGCUGAUGCGGGCUAUGACGUAUGGAUGGGAAACAGCCGGGGAAAUGCCUGGUCCAGGAAAAAUAUUUACUUUUCCCCAGAUUUGCCAGAAUUCUGGGCUUUCAGUUUUGAUGAAAUGGCUAAAUACGACCUUCCCGCUACAAUCAACUUUAUUUUGGAGAUGACUGGCCAUGAGCAACUAUAUUAUGUGGGCUACUCCCAGGGUUCUACUAUCGCUUUUAUGGCAUUUUCUACUGACCAGUCUUUGGCUUGGAAGGUCAAAGUCCUUUUUGCAUUGUCUCCCAUCAUCACCUUGAAAUACAUGACGAGCUUCUUAAGUAACUUCUCGUUUUUUCCCAAGCAAAUGUUAAAGAGUCGCUUGGAUGUGUACUUUUCUCAUAUAUCGGGAACAUCGACACAGACUAUGUUUCACUGGCAGCAGACCACACCUCCCUUUUAUAGAGUAGAGGACAUGAAGGUACCUGCUGCCCUGUGGAGUGGGGGCAGUGACUUUAUGACUCCCAGUAAUGAUACGGAGAAUUUGCUCCGUCGACUUCCUAAUGUCAUUUACCACAAGAAGAUUCCCUCCUAUACCCAUAUGGAUUUUAUAUGGGGCAUGGAUGCCUCAGAACAGAUUUAUAAUGAACUCAUUCAGAUGAUGAAGCAAAAUGUGUCAAACUUCCCAAUGCUUUAG